AUGGAUGAUCAUGUGGACCAGCAGGUGACCACAAAACCUAGAAAGGUCAAUUUGACCAAGUACACUAUCUAUGUCACGGAUCAGAGGAUGUACAUUGUGGGGAGUAAUGGGAGGGAAACGAUGUUUCGCAUUCUGGAAAUCGAUUUGACGUCGAACUCUGGCUUGAUUAUAAUGGAAGACAAUGUAUAUUUCACGAGAAAUGAGAUCAUGGAUGUCCUGUCCGGUUUGGAGGAGAGCAGUGAUGGAGGUCUAACUAAGAGAUUGACUGCUGUUGGCUUGUUAGGUUUCAUCAAGUUCACCAAGGAUUACUACUAUUUGUGUGUGAUCACAAAGCGAAGACCCGUUGCCACUAUCGGUGGCCAUUACAUCUACCAUGUUGAUGGAACGGAGCUCAUUCCAGUCACGAAUAAUUUCAAGAAGCCUGAUAGGAACUCUGAAGAGGCGCGAUUUCUGUCAACCUUCCAAAACCUGGAUCUCAGCAAAACGUUCUAUUUCAGCUACACCUAUGAUGUCACCAACUCACUUCAAGUGAAUUUCAUGAGGAACAAGAAGCAGUCGCUUGGUAUAGGUAGUAAGAAUCUGGUGAAAGCAUUUGAAUUCAACGAGCGGUUCGUCUGGAAUGCCGCACUGAUGGAGCCUGUGAUGAAAUCCUUUGAUCGGAUCUAUGAUUGGUUCCAGCCUAUUAUUCAUGGUUUUGUUGACCAGGCCAAGAUCUCGAUUUUUGACGAACAGGUGUAUAUCACUCUGAUUGCCAGACGGUCCCAUUUCUUUGCCGGAGCUAGAUUCUUUAAGAGGGGUGUGAAUGAUCAAGGAAACGUUGCUAAUGAAGUUGAGACUGAGCAGAUAGUAUCGCAUACCCUCACGACCUCGUUUCAUUCUUCCAGUGCUGGUUUCUAUAAUAACGAUCGGUUCACCUCUUUUGUUCAGCAUCGUGGUUCGAUACCCCUAUAUUGGUCCCAGGACACGGCUCCCAAUUUACGGAUGGCAAAGCCACCUAUUGAGAUCGCUGUCGUUGAUCCAUACUACUCUUCUGCUGCAUUACAUUUCGAUGACCUUUUCAAGAGGUAUGGAACCCCAGUUCAGAUCUUGAACCUCGUCAAACAGCGUGAGAAGACACCAAGGGAAGGAAAACUUUCCAAGGAGUUGGAAAAUAUGCUGGGAUACUUGAAUAGAUUCUUGCCUCAGGAAAACAAGAUUGAGUACACCGCUUGGGAUAUGUCUAGGGCGUCGAAGUCGAGAGGUCAGGAAGUCAUAGAGUAUUUGGAAAGCUAUGGAGAAAAGACUAUAAAGACAACUGGAUUCUUCCACAAUGGCAAAACGGUUGAUACGACGCAAUUGCAACAGGGCGUUUGCAGGACAAACUGUAUUGAUUGCUUGGAUAGAACCAACGCCGCCCAAUUUGUAAUUGGGAAACGAGCUCUGGGACACCAGCUUCAUGCUUUGGGGUUCAUUGAGGAUACAUACCUAGAGUAUGACUCUGACGCGGUCAAUAUUCUCACAGAAAUGUUCCACGAUCACGGAGACACGAUUGCUCUUCAGUAUGGUGGAUCCCAUUUGGUUAACACGGUGCAGACAUAUCGGAAGAUCAACCAAUGGUCAUCGCAUUCCAGAGACAUGAUCGAGAGUGUGAAGAGAUUUUAUAGCAACUCGUUCGUGGAUGCCCAGCGACAAGAGGCUAUCAACUUGUUUUUAGGGAAUUACGUCUGGGAAAAGGGAAUGCCUAUGCUGUGGGAUUUGGACACGGACUAUUACCUGCAUAAUAACUAUUUUGGAUCAAAUUUCAGGUUGAGACCAAGUUAUACACACUGGUUCACUGAUGAGAACCUCAAGGACAUAAAGAAGGAGAUAUUGCACCAACUGGAGGAAACUACAGAUGAAGACCCUACAUUGGCUAAACUGAUUAUCAAGAGAAUUGAGCCGUAUCCCGGGUGUUUUGACAAUUAUUGGAACGAAUACUACGUUCCACGAAAGCUGUCUACUUUGAAUACGACUUUUGAGUUCAACAUGAAUUCUACCUUGCGGUAUAUGCCAGAGACACCCCAGAAUCAAAGCGCUUCUAUGGAUUUGACUCCGAUACCUUCUGCUAUCCAACGUGUCAGAAGUGCUACCACGUCCAGUGCGAGCUCUGCGAGGGACCGGAUCAGACGAAAAGUUGUUGAGAGCGGGAGCGAGGCCAUUGUUAAUUCGCCUUUCAAGUCCCGGAAACCACAGCAGGUUAAUUCACGCUACAGGAAACAACCGGUUGUUUCGGCAAAGGAUGUGGCUAAUGAUGAAACUUUGGAGCCCAUGGAUGAGUUUGAGCACAGAUUUAGUCUUCUUCAGUUGGAGACGGCAAAGAGAGUGAAAGUUCAGCAGCAGGAACUUCUGGAUUAUGCAUCCAGUCUGGUCGAUGAGUUUGUGGACAUGAAACACGAUAUCCCAUUGGUGGAUCCUUACUUCAAUCUCUCUCUUCCUCCAAACUACAAACGACGCGAGAAGAAGAUCCCGAGAGAUGUUGAUGGCGAUCUAAUGUUUGAAAACAACUACUAUGAUAUCCUGACGACAGAGGAAUCCACUACCGAGCCAGAGACCUCUACCCCAGACUCGGAACCAGAAAUGCUGCUGAGGUAUCUGGCCAAGUUCAACGAGGGAAGCAAGUCUCAUUUUGUGUCAUCGGAGUUCUACAAGCAAAGCGUGGGCUUUGGAUUGUCCCUGCCAGUGGUGCAUGCCUCGGUUGUAGGCGAGAAGGCGGGUAUGCCCAACGUUUCGCAGAGUGAUCUACAGACUUACACUGAGUCGUAUCGGUUCUCGUAUAAGGCUUAA